AUGAAGGGCAGGGCCCAACUGUUCAAAGAGAUCCCUGCAAGAGCUCUCAAGGAGAGAAGAACGACCCAACAGGAAUCAGCGCAGCCUCGUGCCGAAGAGGUGCCCGAAUCCGACUCGGACGAUGGAUCUAUGGAGUAUCAACCCUCUGCAAAGAGGCCUCAUAAAUCUGCCCCCCUCCCAUCGAAGCGGCGCAGAGGUGACUUCAACAAAACGAUAUCCUCGCCCUCGAUGGAAGGAUCAGCAGGACCGUCAACUCAUCAAGCUGUCCAAUCUGGAGUGGAUGAUCAGAAUGUGGCGAACAGCCGAUUUCUGCAAAUCAUGCAAAAUAUCCCGGAGAAAGCGGUGGCCAGCGUGGACGACAGCUUGCCAGCUGCUUGGAAGGAUGUUCCUGACGUGGGCCAGACAGAUGAGGGCUCGGAAAGCCUGCGCCUUGCGGCGAUGAGACACAAGGCCUUUAUGCUUGCAAGGAGGGCCAGCGUACAGGGUGAAUAA